AUGAUCGGCCUUGUAAACCUUUUGCUCACGGCCACGUUUGGCCCGGACCUGGCGUUCGCCCGCAGGUACAUGGUCUCCGUGGAACGAGGCCGAGGAGUUUGCGAAUUGCAAUGGGAUCCAGGACAUUGUUCAAGGGAAUUCCCGAGAUAUUAUUAUGAUCCGAACACCAAAUUAUGCCAUAAAUUUGUGUACACGUAAGGGUUUUUGGUUGGACUAAAAAUCUUGAUUUAUAUUGCGGAUUCGAUAUCUGAAAUAAUUCUGAUUUAGUGGCUGCGGCGGUAAUGGAAAUCGGUUUGUGUCGGCGGAACAUUGCCGUCAACGAUGUCAGCCGGAUUGGAAGCCGACGAAGACGAAGAUCAAGGCAAAAUUUAAAGGUACAAUACGGGGUCUAGCGUUGGCAUGAGUAGUUGAGUUGAAAGUUUGAUUGUGGAAAUUCUAGAUCCAACGAUAUCUGAGAUGAAUAUUACUGCCUGCGCGAGAUGUCAUGAAAAUAAUGGAGUCUGUUUGAAUGGCAGUUGCCAAUGCCGGAAGGGCUAUGAAAUGGUCAAGGAGGUUUGCAAAGGUAUAUUUAGAUAAACGAAAAUUUUUGAAAAAAUUAAGGGAUGUUUCAAGAAAUGUGGAAAGCAUAAUUUUUUUGGGAUGAAUUUGCUGACUGAGCUGGUAUUUUUAGACACAAAUGAAUGUCUAUGGACGACAUGCCCUGGGAAUUCGGUGUGCGUCAACACGGAGGGUUCGUUUCAUUGCGAGUGCCCAGUUGGAUUCGCUGGAACAGCGCUGAAUUGCACAAAAGAUACAGGUAAAAUAGAAACAUCGUAUUCGGUCGAGUCGACAAAAAACGAGAAGACACAAAAAAAUUUUUUUGAAACUUUUACUUAUCAAGAAAUAAGUUUAUAAAAAAAUGAGUUCUUGGAGGUACCUUCGGCGUUUUUUAUGUGAAAGAUAAUAGAUAAUUGAUUGGCAGUAGCAUGUGUAAUUUACAACACUUUACUAUUCCAGCGAUUUGCGGCCAAGCCUUUGACCACCGCUACGAAGACCGUUGCGGAUUUUCCACGCAGUCCUGGGGUGUGCGAUACUUUUUCGACCUGAAAGCCAAUGCCUGCAAGCAAUUCUGGUACGGCGGUUGUGAAUAUGCGGAGAGUGGAAACUUCUUCAAGGAUAUUCAGGUAAAAUACGUUAUGUUCAUUUGUUAGAAAUCUUAUAAAUUACAUGUUUGUGUCCUUUUAGACGUGCCAGACGAUGUGUUCAAACUAUCUCCCACCCGAGACAACAACUCGAAGAUAUCGGGAGACCACAACCGCAAUGCCACUGCCAGGUUAAUUUUUAUCGAUUUUUUUUAAAAAAUAAUACGUUUUAAUACAUUUCAACGAAACGAAAUCUGAGCAGUUUCAUCGGAAUCUGAGCGGCGCGGGCCCGACUUUUCGGGUCGACGACAGUUCGGGUCAACAAAAAAUCGAUCGUUGCGGGGCGUAGGAUAGGUUUAUAAACAAAAAAAAGGUUGUAGGAAAUGCCUUCGAGGCCUGGCAAAGCUGUUGAAUGGUCGUCGGACACUCGGCAAAAACUCGGCGGAGGCUUGGCGAAGAGUUGCAAUAUGUCCACUUUUUCUAAUUUUAGUAUUACUAAAGUCAGUUUUCCUUACCCUCAGUUACUGCAAUACAUAAAAGACCAAAAUUUGCGGCAAAAAACGGAGGUCUGUAACUUUUAUCUAGAUAUUAUUGAUGUGAUUACAUGUAAAAUGCCUCAAAAAUAGGUGGUAAGCUAUCCUAGAACCAGACUAAUCUUGUUAUUUCUACUAAUUGUAAGUAAGCCAUCGCCUAGCCUCCCUCAUGACGAACAAGGCGAUUCAUAAUAUCAUUGACCCGAACUGUCGAUUAUCCAGAAAUUCGCAGCGCCAAGCGCACUUGGAUCACUUCCCCGAUAAAAUCAAUUUUUCAGAAAUUUGUCUUGACCAAUUUGAAGAGCGCCGUCGAGAACCUUGCCGAGAUGGCGAUUGGUCUCAAAGGUAUUACUAUGAUCACCAUCAGAAGAAAUGCAAAAUGUUCUGGUUCGACGCAUCUUGUGGCCAUCAACAGUUCAAGUCUAGAAAUGUUUUUAUUUUGAAGUCGACCUGUCAGCGAGCCUGUGAAGGGAUAAAUCCGGAGGAUCCGGAUAAUUUCCGCGCCUACGAAUACAAAUAUGUCACUGCGUGAGUUGAAGAAAGUUUAGGGAGCAAAAAUUUUUUUGAUAAAAAGUUGAUUACGGUGGGAGACCUGAGCCAGUGGCAAAAAACGUACCAUUUUGCAUCCAGGAAGUAUCAAAAAAUGUGGCAAAAUACCUCCCUCUCCAAGUGAAAAAAACUCAGAUUUCAAAAGCGCGCCCGCUCAUUUUGUGAGGAAAAAGGGAGCGCCUUUUAAAACGAAGUUUUUUCACUUGGAGAGGGAAGCAUUUUGCCACAUUUUUGAUACUUCCCGGAUGCAAAAUGUUACGUUCUUUGCCACUGGAUCAGGUCCCCCACUGUAUAUAAUUUUUGAAAGUUAGCCCUCCAAAAUAGAGGUAAAACUAUACGUUUCCUCUCAAAUUCACCACUAAAUUUAAAAUUUCCAGCGCCACAGCCGACUACAUUCCCUACACUCCUCUUCCACAAAAAUCCAAUUGGCCAAUCCCGACUUACAUGGCGAAUCCGGACCGCGAUCUUCCCGAUCUUUUCGCAAAACCCAAAGCUGUUGGGGUUAUUCAGGCUCAUUUUUCGUUGAUGACCACUCCGAUCCCACCCACAUCGCAUUAUUCCGUCGACAAAAUUGAGAGUGAUCAUCCUCAAGGGCUGAAUGAAUUGGAAUUGGAUGGGUUGGAAAAUGCGUUUGGAGAGUUCGGAAUGCUGGAGAAGAAAAAAGUGGUGAUGACUACGGUAGGGAGGGCAAAAAAAUAAAAAAAAAAAAUGAUUUUUAUAAAAAUCGAAAAAAAAUUUGGGCUAUUUUCUUAAAAUAAAAAAAAUCGCAUUAUGCAGAAACUUGCAAUUUACAGAAUUAAAUUUCCUUUAAACAACCAUAAAAUCAAAAUUUACAGCCAGAAUCGUCGCUGUCGAUAUCCUCCGACUGUUUGCAACCGUUUGAUAAAGACUUGGCUCGCUCGUGUUCGAACGGAAACCAGCCUUGGAAGCCGCGGUUCUACUACAACUCCAAUAAGAGGAAAUGUGUAAUGUAUUGGAAUGACGGGUGUAUGAGCAAGGCCAAGAAUAAUUUUGAGGACCUGCAGACAUGCCAAUGGACUUGCGAGGGGGCGAGUUUGAAACCGGAGGCUAGUAAGUCAUAUUUUCAAAUCCUUUGCUCUCUAUAUGGUACAGAAAUGGGCAUGACUCUUUUCAUGCUCAGAUUUUGCAAAAGAUCGAUUUUUGCCAAAGUUUUGAUCUAAAAGUUGCCAUAUUUGUGCCUAGUUUUGUCAAAAUCUGAGGCUUUGGUAUUCCACUCGUCAGUAAAAAAAAUCAGCUCAAUUUUUCAGCUCAUUGUCUCGACACCUUCGACAAGGCUUACUUGGACAACUGUGACAACGCUCAUUAUCGAAUUCGCUACUAUUUCAAUCAUCAAAGCAAACAGUGCGAGUUAUUCUAUUAUGGCGGUUGUCGAGCGCAAUCCCGCAAUAUCUUUGAGAAUUACAAAGAUUGCGAGGAUCUUUGUACCACCCCAACCAGAUUGACUGGAGGUACGAACAUUACUUUUUCACAUUCACUUGAUUUUUAUCCUCAAAAACGGGUUGGCCAUUAAAAAAAUUUUAAUUUAGAUGUGUGUGAGCAGCCGUUUGACCCGGCUUAUCGAGACUCUUGCACUCGGAACGGAUCCUAUGCUCAAUACUAUUUUUACGAGCAAUAUACGCAGUCUUGCAAAAUGUUUUGGUAUGGGAAUUGCAAAGGAAAAAGUCAGAAUAUCUUUUCGAAUCUGGAAACUUGUCAAUGGUUGUGCGAAAAGAAAAAGGAGGAGAAAGUUGCGGGUAAGUAUUUUAACAAGGGCAAUGUCGUGCGUGUAACACUCAAUAUGUUCUUUAAUUUUUUUUGCUGGCUGAGAAUGCGCCCAUAUCAAUUCCCGAAAGUUUGAGCUUGCGCUUUGCAAGAACGGCGGAAAAAUUCAACGAUCUUUUUUGGUGCCGACAGAUUUUACGAAACGUGGAGCGCUGUUAGUGAAAGAAACACAUUAUGGCUCCAGCUUCUUGCGAAAAAAAUUGAUUUUUUAUGGAAAGAGUAUUUGAAUUUUACAAUGUCCUAACUCUCGCAAAAAAAUCGUCGAAUUUUUGACAAUUCAAAUAAUUUUCACUUGACAUAAAAAAAAUGUUGUUCGCUUCUGCAAAGCGCUGAUAGUAGAGCAUCUACCAGAAAAUCAAAUUUUUUACGCCAAAUGUAGACCAACUUUUUGAUUGUCUCUCAUCAAGCUACAAGUGACUUGAAACUGUCUGAAGUACUUGUACUUGGGGACAAAUAAUUCGUGACAUGCAUCAAAGGAAAUUCCUUCUGAGACGGUCUCCCCUCAGAGAAAAAUUAAUGAAUUUCCUCAGCGAAUGUAUGUUUUGUAUGUAUAUAUUAAUAUACGAUGUCGUUCUCAUAUUUCAUCAAAUUUCAGUAAACUGCCUCGACCGAUUUGAUGAAAAUUAUAAAAAAACUUGCAACAACGGAGUGUGGUCGAAACGAUGGUUUUUCAACCACAAAACUGGGGCUUGUGAAGACUUCUGGUACGAUGGAUGUGUGGGAAAAUCGCAGAACAUCUUUGUUGACAAAGAGACUUGUACUCAUCUUUGUGAAAGCCCGGGUAAUCAAACGCAUUUUAACUUAUUUUCGUUGAAUUUCCAGCCCUUCCGACGCAAGGCAGUGAGAUUGCGAUAGCGAAAAAAGUGAACGACGAAAAGGAGGGGGAACGGUGUUUAGAGCCGCUGGAGGUUGGCAGUUGUCAUCAUCGACUGCCGGCUUACUUUUACAACCAAGAGUCUCGCCGCUGUGAGCCGUUUAUGUACUCUGGCUGUGGAGGGAAUGGCAAUCGAUUUUUGACUCUGAAUCAAUGCAAAAGGAGCUGUGAUCGGUUUAACACUAUCAAUUGUAAGUUCGGUUUUUCCAGAAAACUGGCCACAAAAUUAUUAAAAAUUUUCUGAUUGAUUCAGAAAAUAUUUUUUUCUCUAAAUUUUCUGAUUGUUUCGUUUAACGAGAUUUUUUUGGGUAAAAAGUUGGCAAAGCAUGUCAUUUUUUUGCAAGCUUUCGCCUUGCAAGCAUCAUAUAUAUUUGCAACUUUUCAGCCGAAGAAACCGUCUGCUUCCAUCCCCUAAAUGCUGGUUACGGGCGUCACAACAAGACUUGCAUCCGAAAAGCUGGUUUCCGUUUCUAUUACAAUCCGCAGUACCGUAAGUCUUCACAAGAAAAAAAGAAAACGAGUAUUUUAUCUAUUAUAUUCUGGUUAGACCCAGUCAAGCCUCUGUACAUCAAAUCGCAAGGGUCAAAAUAAAUUUAUUCGUUAUCUGGGGGGUUCGUUGAACAUCUAGGCAUAAAUCUGACUCUUUGGGCCUUGAAAUUGUUUGUUAUAGGCGGGUUUUUAUAUGGUAGUUCAAGACAACUUCCAAGGCAAAAAGUUUUGUAGAAAUUAUGACGUAUAUAUUUACGUACAUUGAACAAUUUUUCAGAACGUUGUGGCCGCUUCUGGUACUUUGGCUGUGGCGGUAACGAAAACCGCUUUAAAACUUAUCAACAGUGUGAGAACACUUGCUCAGUGAAUGGCCUAAUUUCGACUGAAAAUAAACCCAUAAACUCCUGUUUUGAGCCCAUUGAAAUUGGAAGCUGCCCGGAUUCUAGUGACAUCUUCAAGAUCAAAAAGUUUGGUUAUGUGGCGGACAAAGGAACCUGUGUUCAGUUUGACUACACUGGAUGCAAUGGAAACGCGAACAAUUUUGAUACGAAAGAAGAGUGUGUUGCGCAUUGUAAUGCGGUCCAGCCGGCCAAAUCAGGUGAGGAAAUGGUGAUUUAGGGCUCAAAAAAAUCACAACAAGUCAUGGGAUCAACCACAGUAAUCCCAGGCAGAAACUUCGCCAAAAAGACGCGAAAAAACCUUUUGUCGGGGAAGAAAUGGGGAAUUUUUGGGGCGAGAGAGUACGUUUUGCGCGUCUUUUCUCUGUCUUCUCUGCAAAAACCAAGAUGAAGUGUAAAAAAGCGAUGGCGAAAAGUCUAUUCCGGUCACCGUACUUCUCUGUUUGAGGUGUACCGUGCAUAUUUUACCAUUACAAUACUAAUAUUAUACGUACUUCUCCUUAUUCUAGCUCAAUGCCAAUACCAGCCCGACUGGGGGCCCUGCAACAUGCUUCGACAGCAAUGGUUUUACAAUGUGACCAGUGGAACGUGCGCUCAAUUUUUGUGGGGCGGAUGCGGCGGAAAUCCGAAUCGAUUUUCAACUUUUGAAGAGUGCCAGAACACCUGCGAAAUCCCCGGUGGAGGUGAGGAAACGCUCUAUAAUAGAAACCCUACAAAAAAUUGUUUAGCGCCCCCUCCAAAGAAAGAUCCUUGUAUCGAAAAAUUGGAUCGAGGCCGGUGGUGUGAGCCAAUGUCAAAUCGAUAUUACUACCAUCAAAAGUCGGGGACAUGCAAAGGGUUCCAUUACACGGGAUGUGGGAAGAGUAAUAAUAAUUUCGUUGAGCUGGACGAAUGCCAGAGGAUUUGUGUGAAAAGGGAAGUUCAGCAGAGUCAAAAUGUAGCGUACACGCUGUCGGAUGGACAGGCUUGUAAGUUUAAGUUUAAAAACUGCCAAAAAUUUUAAGUAUGACAUUUUUGGAGUAUCAAAUAGUGUGCUGGACAAAAUUAUAACCUCAAUUUAAAAAUUGCUGUAACUUUUUUGGUUUUCAAUAGAAAUGUGUCAUGUUUGGCACCAAUAUGCAUUAGUGUUCCACAAAGCUUGCGCCAAAAAAUUUAUAAAAAUUUAUAACACAUACAAAUUUGGAUAACUAGCCUUCUUAAAACACUGAAUAACGACACCUAAUGUUGAAUUAGUUGCCUGGGGCUUCAGUAACGUCGAUUAAACAGCUGUAACUUUUUGCGUGUCAUUCGUUAAGGCAUCGCCGACACUUUUUUCUAAUCAUCUCUGUACACUAUGCAUGGGCUUGGCUGCAAAAUCCUUAUAAUAUACAUCUUUUUCGCCAACGUUGCCAGUUACAUCCAAAUAAUUUUUCCAGACCGUGGAGUAAAACCCUCCGAAAUGCCGAAUCCAGAACAGCAUAUUGUUCUGAAUGAAGGAGUCAAGAGUUAUAUGAAGACCAGUGGCGAUCAUAUUGAUUACGGGCAUUGUGUUGGCUUCCGAUAUAACAUUUCCGGGGAGUACACACGAUUGAACACGUACUUGUGUUUGAUGGAACCCGGAGGCACUUGUGAAGUGAAGGUGAGGACUCAAAUGUUUCGGUUUAUAAGAUACAUUUGAAGAGAUACCACAACACCCACGGCGAAGAGCACUGUCGAGUUCUGCGUCCAUGGCUGAAGGGCUCCCACUUUUACACCUGGUUCUUCACCGUUGAUCGGAAGCCCUGGAGAUGGUCGCCGCGGACGCGCCGACGACAGGCGGCGACGGAAACUUUGGCAACUUUAAUCGUCCUCCCAGUGAAUGAUUGUCAUAGCGCUUGCUAG